AUGGCUUUUAAGUACAACACUGCUCUGGUUAUUCAGCCGUCUCGUGAAGCGUUCGGGAACGAUUACGAAAAGGCAAAGUCUGAGUACGACCGAUUCGUUGAUGCGUUGCGUCAGUUGGAGGUCAAUAUUCUGGAGUAUGGGCCCGAAGAACGUCGACCGAAUGCUCACAAAGUUGGUGACAUUGCUGUCAUUAUAAAUGGGACGGCUCUGAUGUGUCGGCCUUUUGGUUCAGAUCGACAGGGAGAAGUGAGUAUCGUUCGUCAGACAUUAAAGAAGGAGAUCGGGCUUACUAUUGCUGAGCUGAAUAAUGAUCAAGCACAACUGGAGGGUAGUGAUGUGCUUUUUACGGGUCAAGAGAUAAUUGUCGGAAUUUCCACCCAUACAAAUGAAGCAGGAGCACAGUCGGUCGCUCGCGCCUUUCCAGAGUAUCCUACAACAAUCGUAGCAGUACCGUCUCCUCUUGCUUGCCUAAAGGACGCCGUCUGUAUGGCUGGUAUCAAUGUCAUGGCCAUAGGAAAUUCCGAGGCAGCACGCAAAGUUUUCAAGUCUAUUGGUGAAGUCGCCUCGAGCAACUACAAGGUUCUUCAUCUAGCAGAACCAAUUGCUGCCAGUGUGCUUUACGUGAACGGAUGUUUAAUGCACUAUGACCAAACUAUGAUUCCAGAGACUUGUCAGGUA